AUGAAUUAUCGACCGGUAUUCCUCGCCCAGCCAUUGAAGACGGACGCCAACACGGGCAAGCAUGCACAAGCCAGGGCUGUCAACAGCGUUGAGGAAUUUGAACAGCUCGUCAAGCAAGGCAAAGCGGACAUUUCCACUGCUCGUCUCUUCCUCGAGAACUCGCAAAAGAGAUUGGAAGUUUUGCCUUUCGAGGAGCGGCGUAAUGCAGCCGCCAAGGUGGGAGCUGGCAGAGUGCUGAGCUGGCUAUGGACUUCCAGGGGAGAGAACACCCGUCAGGACGAUCUGGAUCGCCAAUUUUCGCGUGCGCUGUGCUGGCAUCUGACCGCUGAAGGCAAAGAAAACUUCAUUUGGGACUGGUUGCGCAUCGAGACUGCAAAUUUCGGGAGAAGAAGUGCAGACACUUACUGGCAUGGGCGGCUCCUCGAAGGUCUGGUCAAUGCCAGGCUAUGUUGGGAUCGUUCUGCAGAUGGAGCCAUCGCAUUGUUCCUCUCUGCCGUCAAAGAGUUUGACCAGACCAUGCACGYGGUUCAAGCAACAGAACUCAUCGUGAAAGCUCUAAGGUCCAUCGAAGGAGUAGUACAGUGCAAUGAUACGAGCUUUGAAGCCUUUUGCGAGGCGAUGAAGUUCGCCCAUAAUGGUUUACACCUGGAGAGAAUCCGGGCAUCGCUGAAAAUGUUCCAUCCCACACAAGUCGAUGCGGGAGAAGCGCUGCGACUCUUCCAGCGACAGUACCAGUAUCCUGAUCAGUAUCCAAAGCCGAUCCGAGUGCAACCGCAGAGGUCUCAGGCUGUUGACAUGUCGCGAGCAGCAUUUAUCCUACGACUGAAAGGUCAGCGACAGGACGCAGAAUGGCUCGAUGCGCGUGUAUACGCAUUGUACGCCAGCGUUGUAUCGCCGGGUUUCGUCAACCAGAUGUAUAGGACGCACCAUGCCGAUCCGCGUCUCAAGAUGCUCAUCGACAACAGUCCUUACGCUGAAGAGGUUCUGGAAGUCAUGAAGCAACGAACUGUUGCGGGGUCCUCUCGGAGCGUGGAAGAAAAGUCUUCUCUGACUUCGCCCGAACCCGUAUCGCUCACAGCCAAGAAGUUGCCCUGUGAUCCGCAAGCAAGUCAUAGGCUCUAG